AUGCCUGUCACGAGUGUAGGAGCAAAAAGUUGUGGAGAUCGACCCACUUGCGACGGCUGUAAACGAAAGCAAGACCAUCAUGCUGCCAGCGGCUCUGGUCGACCUGUACCAGAGUGUACAUAUGAUUUUCCCCCCGGUGAAGAAGUCUGGAAGCCUUGGAACAGGUCAAUUGGGCAGACCGUACGCAAGGACAGGUCCCCUGGCAAGCGGUCGCCAUCGCCUCGGAACAGUUACAAGCCUCACUGUUCUCGUACGCCGCCUGAGCAACCUAUGGCUCAAGUUAGAACAAACGUGACGAUGCAGAGACUAACUAGGCCUGACGGGGCAUCGUCAUUGCUACCUGGCCCAGUAAGCGCGCCCUGCCCGGACCUUUUCCCAGUGCAAUACUCCACAAGGUCAUUUAUCACUUCUGGGUUUUCGUAUACCUACGAUACUCCGUCAAGCGUAGGUAUCUUACCGUAUAACGGCUUUCCAAUGAUGGACCAUACUUGGAAUAGCCCCACUCUUGCUACCACUUUCCACGGCCAAUAUUCUCAGCAACCUAUGAGUAUGACCGGCUCUAGCUCAGUAACAGAUGCAUAUGCAUCACCGACUGUGGUACGAUUUUAUGACCCUUCCAAUCAGACUGAAUCUUGA